AUGUCGCAAGCAGCCAAGAAUUUGCUAGUCAAGUUAAUAGUAGGCGCGGGCCAGGCUGCGCCUUCUCCGCCAGUAGGUCCUGCCCUGGGAUCGAAAGGUAUCAAAGCUAUGGAUUUCUGCAAAGAGUUCAAUGCAAGAACAGCAAGUUAUCAGCCAGGUACACCGAUACCAGUACUCAUUACCAUUAAGCCUGAUCGUUCCUUUACGUUUGAAAUGAAGUCACCACCAACAGGAUAUUUACUGCUCAAAGCCCUGGGUCUGGAAAAAGGCCAUGGUCAACCUAAUGUGAAUACAAAGGAAGGUACUAUUGGAGAACUUUCGUUGAAGCAUGUUUAUGAGAUCGCCAAGAUAAAGAAGACCGACAGUAGACAUGCAAUGUUGGAAAUGGAAGGAAUUGUCAAAUCGACCGUUGGUGUAGCCAAAAGUAUGGGUAUCAAAAUCGUUCCAUGA